UCAGGCCACCAGCCCCAGGCAUUGCUGUAUUGCGACACCACAGCCUGAGCACAGCCCUGCCUGGGGGGGCAGCUGUGCAACCUGGCCCCAGCCCAGAGCCGGGGGUAGGGGGCAGGGGGCAGUUGGGAGGGAGCACAGUGGGGUUCCACUGAGCAGGCUGAGAACGGAGAUCCAGGGUGAACGUUAACUGAAGGGAAUGCACGAGGAAGUAGCAUAAUGAAAGUCCUGAGGCCCCAGGGGCAUUAGUACACAGCUCAAGGGGGCCCCCCACUAGCACUUCCAGAAGCUGCCCGCCCCCACACCCUGCCUACUUGUUGUGGUAGACCACGGGCGUGAAGGCCUCUCGGGUGAAUUCGCUGCAGCUGGACUUGCCAAAGAUGACCUGGGGGAGCAGGGCCAUGAGGACCCCUACCGGGGACACCUCACCCACCUCUCCCGGGACGUCACUGACCGGCAGGGCCUGGCCGGGGUCCUCGCCCGCCAUGUACUGCACUCGCACGGUGGGGAACCAAAGCUUGAAGCCUCAGAGACCCCCAGCAGAACCUGGGCCUGUCCUCUCCCAGUGCCCCCAGCCCACACCUGGCCCUGAGCCCUGGCCAACGUGAUUCCAGAACAGCCCAGUUGGACGUUCGCCUGAUGCAACCAUCAUGCCACCACCAGGCCCUUGCACAACAAACACAGGCACCCGACUGGCUGGUUAACGAUUGACCGGGGGUUAAAGGGGUGUCAGUGCAUAAAAGGAGGCAGCGGUGGUGCGUGGCUGCACCUCCAACACCUCAGCCAUGUCUCCGCUCACGCUGUGUCUGCUGUGUGCCCUAGCAAUGGAAGUCCGGCCUGCCUCUGCAGCCCCCGUGGGCAGCCUGGAGCCAGCACAGGAUGAGGAGCUGACCCUGCUCUUCCAUGGGGCCCUGCAGCUGGGCCAGGCCCUCAACAGUGUCUAUAGGACCACAGAGGCACAGCUGGUGGAGGCCAGGCAUAGCCUAGGCCUCUACGGCCGUGCAUUGGGGCUCCUGGGGCAGGAGGUCAACCAGGGCCAGGAUGCAGCCCAGGAGCUACAAGCAAGCUUGCUGAAGAUGCAGAUAGAAGAGGAUGCUCUAAAGCUGCAGGCAGAAGCCACAGCCCAGGCGCUGGGAGAGAUGGCCCAGGGACAGCAGGUGCUGCGGGAGAGCAUGCAGCACCUAGAAGUCCAGCUGAGAGGUGCUUGGCUGGGCCAUGCCCGUCAAGAAUUUGAGGCCUUAAAGGCCCAUGCUGACAAGCAGAGCCUCAUCCUGUGGGUCCUCAAGGGCCACACGCAGCGACAGAGGCAGGAGAUGAUGGCUCAGCAGCACCAGCUGCAACAAAUCCAAGAGAGACUCCACACAGCAGCACUCCCAGCCUGAGCCUGACUGGUGGAACUGAGGAUGAGCUGUGCACUGAGGGAUGCUCCCAUGCCCCAUGUGGCCCCCGCACGGGGAGGAGAGCUGCCUGCCUGCUGGGCCAGGCUGCCGUGCCCCGCUUCCAGCCAGACACAGAAGCAGACAAAGAAGCAGGUGGGGCCGAAGGCCGAAGAGAUGGCCCCACUGAGGAGGGGCGAAGGAAGACAUGUGUCCCUUCAUGCCUACACACAUACCCAUUAAAGCAAGUAGUGGCAUCUCA